AUGUCUAAUUAUAGUCUAGUUCCAAGUUACAAUGGUAUGAUUAGCAAUAUGAGUAACAUCGGACUUUCAAAUCUACCGAUUUUACAUAAUCGUUCAAUGGUUGAUUCAAACUUAUUGCUAUCAAAUCAAAGUCUUGCACUCUCUCUGUCUAAACAGGGAAAUGUCCAUAAGAGGAGUUCAAAUCACGAUAAGUUACGUUCAAAUAGGGAUGCACGACUUUCAAAGAUCGGCGCGCCACGUUCAAAGAUUGACACACGACGUUCAGAUACCAAUGCAGCACUUUCAAGGUUGAAUAAAUUACUUUCAAAUAUCGAUGAAAUCAAUGAAUCAACAUUAAAACGACGUAGAAGUCCACUUCGCCUCAAUGAAACGUCUGCUAAUACUCAUAUUGAUUCUGAUUCUGAAGACGUUGUUGAUGAUCGAGUUCGUCAAUCUCCAACAAUGAUCAAUGAAGAAGACGUCUAUAGCCAGCAUAGUCAACAUAAAAAGCACAAGAAGCACGAUCAAAAUCAUGAAGAAAAAAAGGCAGAAGAAGAAUCAGAAUCAGAAUUAUUUGUAGAUUGUUCUAGUGGCGAAGACAGAACAAACGGCGUGGGUAUGUUCAGAAAGAUUUUUGAGCGGUUCAACCGUUUCUGGAGAUGGGACAACAAUUUUCCGAAUGACCACUCAAAAGUUCUUGGGAGGAAACUCGAAGAUUUUUGGCAGGAACCUAAUCAUCGCGGGACUUCGUCACAAGACUGCUCUGAAUUAUUAAAAGUACUAAAUGAAUGUCAAAUCGAAGUAUUAAAUCUUCACAAUGCAUUAAGAGCUAAACAUGGUGUUCCCCAUCUUAUUCUCGACAAUACUUUAAGUCAAAAAGCUCAACGUGUUGCUGUGAAUUCAGCUAACACAGCUCAAAAUCAGCAACGUACAUAUGAAUAUAAACAGGGAGAAAAUGUAUAUACAAAAUCAAAUGUAACAUCAAUCCAACAUAUUUCAAUAAGUGCUACGGCAACUCAAUGUUGGUAUGGUGAGAUCAAAGAUUAUAACUUUAACAUACCGAUAUUUUCAAUGUCAACUUGUCAUUUCACUCAAGUUGUUUGGAAAAAUACGACUAGAUUAGGUGUGGGAAUAGCUUUUGACAACGAAGGAAAAACAGCGUUCGUUGUUGCACUAUACGAUCCAGCUGGAAAUGUGAAGGAAAAGUUUUUCCAAAAUGUUUUACCACCUUGUUAA